GUUUUUGUGUGCUGACAUUGAUCGGCACUAACCGGACUCCAAUAAAUGCACAACACUGACUGUGAGUGCGAGUUUUCAUGCACCAACAUUCAUCAUGACCGGGAGAAUUCGUCUUUUGGGGCUUUUGCUUGUCUGUGUGGUUGCAGGCAUGGCGGCAUCACAGUCCUGUGGUGGUCAGGCGCCCGAAAUUUGCCCUAUGAAUUAUGACCCUGUGUGUGGUACGGACGGAAUUACAUACCCUAAUAAGUGUGCUCUCUGUUCCAGCAAUUCGCAGGGUGUGGUAUCCCACCGUGGAGAAUGCAGAAGUCCCUUUGAUCGGAUAACGCGCAAUGUGUAGGGCCCCAAAUGGUCUAAGGGACACCACAACAAGUCAGCUCUGUUGUUGUUGUUGUUGUUGUUUUAAUAGCCUACAUGCAUACUAUUGUUCAGCCAAUAAACUAAAGUGACAAGA